GUUUCGAUGCAAACCGCAUCUAAAACCAGAGAAGAAGAAGAAUUGUUCAGGGGUUUGAAGCCCUUGUCGAAUCUUCUGCUGCAGUUAGCAAGCUAGGCUAACGUAGCUAAACUUCGUGUUGUUGAAAAUGUCUGGUCUCACUACCGUACACGGAGCAUUGUCGAGUCUGGAGUCCUGUCGGGAAGCGUUCGUAAUGGGAAUGGACAUAAUGACAGAUGUGGCUAUUGACCUGGCGGAAUCUCAAGGUGAAGAGAUGAACCCUGGCAUCAAAGAGAUGGAAGCCAUGAUUCUGGAGUGUGCCAAACUGGACAGGGAGAUUGCAUGCUUUGUUGAUGUAGUGCAAGAAGUCACAAGAGAGGUUACCUCACAGCAGCCAGAGGCCAUGUUCAACCUGUCUGCCACAGUGAAGGAGUGCUUCACCGAGAGAUUAGCCCUGCUCUCCGACGCUGAGCUGCAGAAUCACCAGAAAGUCGUGGCCUUCAGGGACAGCAUCCAGAACUCACUCAACCAAGGCAGCCAAGAGACAGCAGAUAACACGGAGGUGCUGGAUGAAGACAUUGCUGUUACACAGAGCCAAGUGAACUUCACCUGCCCACUCACACAGGUGGAAAUGGUGAACCCGAUGAAGAACAAGAAGUGUAACCACUACUAUGAUGAAGUGGCCAUACUGGCAAUGAUCAAAGCAAGAAGCAGCCAGAAAAAGAAGUGCCGUUGUCCUGUGGUGGGCUGUGGGAAUACAGAUGUGAAACAGUCAGAUCUGAUUCUUGAUCAGAUCCUGAGGAGGAAGAUCCAGAGCAAGAAGACAAACAGCAACCGGACUUAGUACUUUUCUUAGGAUUUUAUUUGGCAUUCAUCAUUAUGCCUGUGCCACAGUAAUUAUUUGUUUAAAAGGAGUAUUUUGUUGGAAGUAUUUUGGAUUGGGUUCUGACAAUAUUUGUGGAUAAUGUACAUUUAGAUUUUAUACUUGUCAUCAAAGUAGUUGUAUUAGAGUUUAAGAAGUGAGGACUUGUUUGUAUUUCAGCUGAAGCAUUGUUUUUGUACUCCAAUCCUUAAAUGUUAAUAAAGCAGAAGACCUUUUCAUACACAUUUAA